AUGGCAAGGUUUAGAUCUGUGUUGCAUAUCCUGUCCAUCAUUGUUGUUCUGUCAUUUGUUUUGUUAUCCGCGGAGAGCAGCAACGAUAUUGAAAUUGAUAAGAGAAAUGGUCCAGAACCCAUAAGAGCAGAAGUAUCUAGUAAUGCCAAAGUGGACAUCGGUCAACAAUCUCCAAAAACAAAGGGGCCACCAACCAGAAGUCCUCGACCAAUUGACGCUUCGGCAUCCGGGAAGGCAAGAGUCGAUCAAAAUUCCAGACGAUCAAAUCGAAUUCUACCAUGCUGUUAUCCGUGCCCCAUUAUACCUCAACCAACUUUAUGCGAAUUAAAUGAAUGUCUUCCGGUGCCAGAGUGUAUUCCCAAAGCGCCGUCACCGAAGAAAGCUCCUUCUCCAAAGAAAGCUCCAUCCCCAAAGAAAGCUCCAUCCCCAAAUAAGGCACCUCCAAAACAGACUUCAUCUGAACCGAUUAGCGUUUCGGCUUCUGGAAAGGCCGUUGUUCAAGUUGGAAACCAGCCACCAAAGGCAAAUCGAAAAAGGAAAAAGAAGUGUCGUGAAGCUUAA